GAUUUUGGCUCCAGCUCUGUCGAGUGAAGUUUCUCCCUAUGCUUCUCGAGGGCCGAGUCUAAAAAAUUCAAGAUCUUAAGAUCCAAGACGAAACUCAAAUGGUAAAGAAACAGUCAGCAGGAGGCGAUAUAUCUUCAGCACAAGCAGUUUUACUUGGGGCUUUAGCUCCUGGUGUCAACGGUCCAACAUGGAAUACACUAAAAUCAACGUUUCUGAUGCUGGGUAUUUGUCUUGCUGUUAUGCUGGGUUUAGCUUUCUCCUCUUGUGACUCUUCUUUGGUUCUCCAUGUUGCUUUCCUCGUUCUGAUUGCUGUUGCCCUCUUCUUGCUUCUUAAUUGGUUCCUUGAACAGACCGGUUUGGUUUCUGUCGAACAUCAAAUGCAAGAGAUGGACUUAAUACCGAAAGAUCGUACGAGAUAAUCUGCAAGAAUCAGUUUAACAGGAUGAACUGAUUUCCUUUUUCUUAACAUUUGAAUAGUUCAAAUGAAGAUGUCAUCAAAUACAAUAAAAGGAAGAGGCUAAGAGGGUAUAUUUCUUUUUCUUUCCUGGGAAAUCACAUCGGAGAUGUGUGAUCGUUGGUCCCUCUUUGCUUCCUUCUCCUUAUGUUUGCUCUUCCUGCGCUUUAUGAAGCAGAAGCAUGAGCACCAUGGGAGCUGAAGCAAAAACUUCAUAUUUCAUGUAUCAAUUAUGGAUGAUUCAUUUGCAAAAACUGAGAUUCAUAUAGAACUCCAUUCUUGAGUU